AUGGCUUAUCGUGCUUCGCAACACGGCAGCACUGGCGAAACUCCAAAUCUCCUCACUCUAGGCAGAGAAGUUGAACUGCCUGUUGACCUCAUUUUGGGAUCUCCAGAACAGCCCCGGGAGGUUACGCCCUAUGUAGUAGAGUUGAGGGAAAGGUUCCGUGAUGCCCAUGAGAGGGCGAGGGUGCAUCUGCACAAAGCUGCCAAGCAUCAAAGACGAAAUUAUGACCUACCACACCAACAGAAGCAGCUUACUCCUGGGACCACCGUGAUGCUGGCUGUAGAGGCCAGAACUGUUGGACUGUCCCCUAAACUCCAAUCGAGACGGGACGGGCCCUCCAUUGUGACUGAAUGCAUCAACGAUGUAAAUGUACGUAUCCAGAAAGGACCACGGCACAAACAAAAUAUUGUACACAUUGACCGCCUGAAGAGAUUUGGAGGAGAGUAUGACAAGUCGUGGUGGGAAGGCAGGCUUAUUUGUGUAAACAACAACCCCAAAGAAGUUCAGAGCCCAGUCAAUGCGUCUGCUACUGAAGAGCAUCUGCAGUCAUCAGGGAGCUCAGAUGGAUCCGGUACAGGGACACCAAAACAACCAAGCUGUACUGGAAGUAGCGGCAGCAAAGACACCAACAUGCAGUGA